GGCGCUGCGUCCAGGGAGGAAAUGGAUGCGGUGUGGGCCUGCCGGCUCCGGGGGCGGGGAAAUCGAGUAGCUGCACUCAGGCCCCGCCCGAGACGGGGAGGGAGCGCCGGGCAGUCCCCUUUCUCCCUCCCUUGCGCUGGGCUGAGCCCAGAGCCGAGAGCAGGAGUCGGCUCUGAGUUCCCUGCUUGGUUUUUGGGUGGCAGCAGCCGGAGGAGGAACAUGGCGCUCGUAGGCAGCCGAGCGGAGCUGGAAGCGGACGAGGACAUUUUUGAAGAUGCCUUGGAAACCAUCUCAAUAUCUUCUCACUCAGAUAUGGCAACAAGCAGCCUUCACUUUGCAUCAUGUGAUACACAACAGGCACCCAGACAGCGUGGAGCAUCUACUGUGAACAGUUCAUCAUCAACCAAGGUGGAUCUCAAGAGUGGCCUCGAAGAAUGUGCUGUGGCAUUGAACUUAUUUCUAAGCAACAAAUUUACAGAUGCCUUAGAAUUGCUUCGCCCCUGGGCUAAGGAGAGUAUGUACCAUGCUCUGGGCUACAGUACCAUUGUGGUGUUGCAGGCUGUCCUGACCUUCGAGCAACAGGACAUCCAAAAUGGCAUUUCUGCCAUGAAGGAUGCUUUACAAACCUGCCAAAAAUACAGGAAAAAAUACACAGUUGUAGAAUCUUUCUCAAGUCUUCUUUCUAGAGGAUCCCUGGAGCAACUGAGUGAAGAGGAAAUGCAUGCUGAAAUCUGUUAUGCCGAGUGUCUCCUACAGAAAGCUGCACUCACGUUUGUGCAGGAUGAAAAUAUGAUCAACUUCAUCAAAGGUGGACUCAAAAUUAGAACAAGUUAUCAAAUAUAUAAAGAAUGUCUUUCUAUCCUGCAUGAAAUUCAGAAGAACAAACUUCAGCAGGAAUUCUUCUAUGAGUUUGAAGGGGGUGUCAAGCUUGGCACUGGGGCCUUUAAUUUGAUGCUGUCCCUUUUACCAGCAAGGAUUAUCAGACUACUGGAAUUUAUUGGAUUUUCUGGAAAUAGGGAGUUGGGCCUCCUGCAGUUACGUGAAGGUGCCUCAGGAAAAAGCAUGAGGUCUGCACUGUGCUGCUUAACCAUCUUAGCUUUUCAUACUUACAUCUCCCUAAUACUUGGUACAGGAGAAGUGAAUGUUGCCGAAGCUGAGCGUCUCCUGGCACCCUUCCUCCAGCAGUUUCCAAAUGGCUCACUCGUGUUGUUUUAUCAUGCCCGAAUAGAGCUGCUGAAAGGGAAUCUUGAAGAGGCACAAGAAGUAUUUCGAAAAUGUGUUUCAGUUCAAGAAGAAUGGAAACAGUUUCACCAUCUCUGCUACUGGGAGCUAAUGUGGAUUAAUGUUUUCCAACAAAACUGGAUGCAGGCAUAUUACUAUUCAGAUCUGCUUUGCAAAGAGAGUAAAUGGUCCAAGGCAACUUAUGUGUUCUUGAAAGCGGCAAUUUUGAGUAUGCUUCCAGAGGAGGAUGUAGUAGCAACUAAUGAGAAUGUGGUAACUUUAUUCAGGUAUGUGAGACACUAUUUCUAUAACAAAGGCCCUGAGGAAAUAUUAACUGCACUAUCAGGAACAUUAGAAAAAUAUUUUCAAGCAAAAGCACAUUUGCUUUUGAUCCAAAAAAAUUCUCAUCUGGAAAUGAUGUAUGUCUGGAAUGGUUUUUCAAUAGUGAGCAAAAGAAAAGACCUUUCUGAAAAUCUGUUGGUAACUGUUGAAAAAGCUGAGGCAGCUUUACAAAGUCAAAAUUUUAACAGCUUCUCUGUGGAUGACGAGUGCUUAGUGAAAUUACUUAAAGGAUGUUGCCUCAAGAACUUACAGCGGCCCUUGCAAGCUGAACUAUGUUACAAUCAUGUUGUGGAAAGUGAAAAGCUACUGAAGUAUGACCACUACCUAGUGCCGUUCACUUUGUUUGAAUUGGCAUCUUUGUAUAAAAGCCAGGGGGAAAUCGACAAGGCCAUAAAGUUCCUGGAAACUGCAAGGAACAACUACAAAGAUUACUCCUUGGAGUCCAGACUACACUUCAGAAUUCAGGCAGCUCUUCACCUCUGGAGAAAACCUUCCUCAGAUUGAUCAGAACUUGAAGGAUGGAAUUUUCCCUCAAUUAGCAUCGGCAAUCUGCUAUAGAUUCAACCUUAUGUUAAAGUGGAAAAGUGAUAUUGUGAAUAAGAGACAAAAAACUAAUUUUAUUGUCAAUAUUUUCUAUCAUCUGAGAGAUUUGCUGUUGGUCUACAUAAUUUUUUUUCCUAUGGAAUGGCAUUCUAUAUUAUCUAGACAAUUCUUAUAUUUUGCCUCCCCCAAAAGAAUUUCAUAUUAGAUUUGAAUUGGGGGGUGAAGAAGUCUUUUGAAAGACUUGCAGAUGCAAUAGUCUAAUUAGAUUAUUUAUUUUUUUAAUGUGGAAAUUGAUAUUGUUUAGCAAAUAGCUUACAAGUUGAGCCAAUUUUAGAUUUGUGGGUAGUUAAACUUUUGAGAUAUUUUGUUGCCUAGUAUUUAAAUUUCAGAAGAUAAAUAAAUAUCACUUACAUUUAAAAUAACUUAGCAGUGACCUUCAGAAGACUUCUGAAAAAGACAGUCUGAGAACAUGAACACGGAUGGGAUGUAAUGUACUUCGUGGGUUGAAGAGACCUGUAUCUAUAAAGGAUGAUCCAGUAUUCAGUUAAUGGUUUUUUACUCUGAUUAAAGGUGGUGACAUUUUGGAGAGACUGAUUUUGAAUGUACUUAAGUCUAUUAUAAUAACAAAAUUCAAAAACCCCUGUGUAUCUAAUGGGAAGAAAGUGUCAUAUUUUAGGAAUUUUUCUUAACCAUAGCAAUGAGAGCCUGAAAUACAUACAUAGAUUAUUUUUCUUCUAGGAAGUAAAGUUCCUGCUGCUUUAAAUGAUAUGUAAAAUAUCAAUAAUUUUUACACUUAAGAUGUUGGUAAGACCUAGUUUUCUAAUCUCUCCAGCACUGUGAUGUUUCCUUGUAGAUAUCUGGACCUUGCUUAGUCCCUUAGUUGGGAAACAGAAUCAGGGCAUGGAGCAGAAGAGAACUUGACACCCCGUAUGGUCCUGAUUCUGCUACCCGUUAGCGGUGAGUGAGGGGACCUUUAGGGAGUCUGCCGUGCCCUGUGUGUCACCAUAUUUUCUUCUUCUGUGAAAUCUGGAUUAAAGAACAGAUGACUUUUCAAGGUCUCUUUCAGUUUU